AUUUCUCCAGUCACUGAAGAAAAGUGAAAGGUUUUCUAGGAACAUUCCAAGAAGAAUGUGUUUAAAAAACAAUACAAUUGGCCAUAUGGUCAUGUAUUACCAUAUUAGCAUUUCAGAAAAGCUCUUAACUGUGCAAAAAAUAACCUCAUAAGGCUGUGGGGAUUCACAGUGUGUCCCGUGAUGCCUAGCUAAGCUGGGUUCUUAAAUCUGUAGUCAGUCAGUCAAGGAAAAAUUAAGGGUCAAGGACCAAAAUUUCUCCCCUCUCAUUACAUCCACAGGAAAAAAAAAUAAGGAGAGAAAAAAGUAUCUCAGAGCAUUCCCUGCUUCACCAAUUAACAGGAUGAAAGCACCUCCCCACAUUAGCAGGCAAUAAGAAGCGAGACUCGCACACUUCUUCCCCUGCCUCUAAGCUCUCAGAAUUAGUCUUCACCUUCUUAGUCCUUAAACAACAAACCCAAUUCCAGAUCCAUCCCAGUCCCGCACUGGGGCUAUGCAAGCAGCUAUAAAUAGAAUAGCUAAAGCACACAUUGAAACACUUUCCCCAUUAGAAACUAAAAAGCACAGAAAACCACAGACAUCUCACACUACAGCAGUUUCUUGUAGCAGUCAUUUCCUGCUUUUUACAACAAAUACAGCUAUGCAUGAUUUAAGUCAGAAUUCAAUUCUAUCUAAUCUGAGUGGAAAACCAAGAAGUCGAGUAAUGUGAUUAGUUAAUAUACAAGGAUACUUUGUGACUGCAUUCAAGUAAAAACUUUCAGAAUAUAAUGUACUAUAGGCUCCUGCUAAACUGUCUUCAUAGCAAAGGUUGCCGUCACCCCUUUCCGAUGACUGUUCUGUAUCCAGUACUCCUUUAUUCUAUUUCAGAGAAUCCAAUUAUAUUACUUUUCUAGGUGAACCUCCUCUUCAGCUACAAAGACACACUCUCUAGCUAAAGAACCGAAGUGACUACAAGCUUAAACUAGUUAACUUUCAGUAGGAAAGAUUCAUAAGAGGUCAAGUACAUGCAUUUUUAGACCUUCACAUCUAAGGCCUGGUCUACGUUACGAGUUUAUGUCGGAUUUAGCAGCAUUAAAUUGAUUUAACCCUGCACCCAUCCACACAGCGAAGUCAUUUUUUUCGACAUAAAGGGCUCUUAAAACUGAUUUCUGUAUUCCUCCCCAACGAGGGAAAAUCGACAUUGCCAUUUUGAAUUAGGGUUAGUGUGGACGCAAUUCGAAGUUAUUGGCCUCCGGGAGCUAUCCCACAGUGCACCAUUGUGACCACUCUGGACAGCACUCUGAACUCGGAUGCACUGGCCAGGUGUACAAGAAAAGCCCCGGGAACUUUUGAAUUUCAUUUCUUGUUUGGUCAGGCGAGCUCAUCAGCACAGGUGACCAUGCAGUCCCAGAAUCGAAAAAGAGCUCCAGCAUGGACCGAAGGGGAGGUACUGAAUCUGAUCGCUGUAUGGGGAGAGGAAUCCGUGCUAUCAGAACUACGUUCCAAAAGAUGAAAUGCAAAAUAUUUCAAAAAAUCUCCGAUGCCAUGAGGGACAGAGGGUACACCAGGGACGCAACACAGUGCCGUGUGAAACUUAAGGAGCUCAGACAAGCAUACCAGAAAACCAAAGAAUCAAACGGACGCUCCAGGACAGAGCCCCAGACAUGCCGCUUCUACACUGAGCUGCAUGCAAUUCUAAGGGGGGCCGCCACCACUACCCCACCCCUGUCUGUGGACUCUGAUGAUGGGGUACUCUCUGCCAUGCCUGAGGAUUUUGCGGACAAGGAAGAUGAGGAGGAGGACGAGCUUGAGGAGAGGACACAGCACACCAUUCUCCCCAACAGCCAGGAUCUUUUUAUCACCCUGACUGAAAUACCCUCCCAACCCAACCAAGCCGGAGAGGGACCUCUGCAGCUGCAAAUGUUUCAAGCCUCCCUCCUCCAUCCCAAAGGCUAUCUCAGAUAAGGUGGUGAAAAAAACCACACGUGCGAUGAAAUGUUCUCUGAGCUCAUGCAGUCGUCCGGCACUGACAGCUCAGCAGACUGUGCGGAGGGACACAAUAGCAGAGUAGAGGAAAGUGGCCGAUGAACAUGACGAGAGGUGGCAGCAGGAAGAUCAGAGGAGGCAUGAGGCAACGCUGAGGCUGCUGCAGGAUCAAAUGGACAUGCUCCGACAUCUGGUGGAGGUUCAUGAACGGCAGCAGGAUCACAGACUGCCGCUGCAGCCCCUGUUUAACCACCCUCUCUCUUCCCCAAGUUCCAUAGCCUCCUCACCCAGACGCCCAAGAACGCGGCGGGGGAGGCUCCGGGCACCCAACCACUCCACCUCAGUGGACAGCCCAUGCAACAGAAGACUGUCAUUCAAGAAGUUUUAAAGUGGCCUUUUCCUUCCCUCCUCCCACACGGGCUACCUUGUGAGUUAUCUCCCUAUUUUUAUAAUCAAUUAAUAAAGAACACAUGAUUUUUAAACGAUAGUGACCAUUUCCUUUGCAAGCAAGCUGUGAUCGAAGGGGGAAGGGUGGGUGGCUUACAGGGAAUUUAGAGGCAACCAAGGGGGCGGGUUUUCAUCAAGGAGAAACAAACAGAAGUGUCACGCAGAACCCUGGCCAGUCAAGAAACUGGUUUUCAAAGCUUCUCUGAUGCGCAGCGCUUCCUGCUGUGCUCUUCUAACUACCCUGGUGUCUGGCGGCACAUAUUCAGCAGCCAGGCGAUUUGCCUCAAUCUCCCCCUUACUCUCACAGAGAUUGUGGAGCACACAGCAAACAGCAAUAACAAUAGGAAUACUGGUUUCACUGAGGUCUGAG